AUGAGUCGAUCGAGAACCGAUCAAAAAUCAGGAUCAUGGAGUCAUAUGGAGGUCGAUUUAACAAGUAAAAAUUUACAAAGAACCAAAAAUUCAUCGUGUAGACGAAUUCUUUAUCGUUCAAAUUCAUUUAAUGCAUUUCUUUCUCAACAAAGUGAACAAAUGGCUGGGACAAUACAAUUAUUUUAUUUGUAUGAAGAUAAAAAUUCAAAGAAUAUGUGCAGUCUUGAUAAAUCAAAAGAAGGAAAGAAAUCACAAACAGUUGAAAGAAUAGUCGAUGAAAUCCGACUUAGUUUUAUAGAUCGUCCAAUUGGACAUGUAAAGAUUAAAAAUUUAAGUAAUUGGGAUUUUAACAUUUUUCAUUUAAAACGAGCAAGUUCCAAUUAUACCAUUCGUGAUAUUGGUUUACAAAUAAUGAAUGAAUAUGAUUUAUUUCAAAAAUUAAAAUUAAAUUAUUUCAUGAUGGCUAGAAUAUUCAGCUCUAUAGAAGCAGCUUACCACAAUUUCAAUCCGUAUCAUACAGCGUUGCAUGCAGCCGAUGUACUACAAGCAGUGCAUUGUUUUAUAUCACAGAGUCAACUUCUGACCAUUUUAAGUCCGACAGAAAUUUUCGCUAGUCUAUUGGCAGCCGCUUUACAUGAUGCUGAUCAUCCCGGUGUCAAUCAAUCCUAUCUAGAGAAGACAGGUGAUUUUUUAGUUGAUUUAUAUAAAUCUGUUUCUGUAUUGGAAAAACAUCAUGCAAAAUUUGGAUUAUGCAUUCUUCAAGAAAAUGGAUUGUCUAAUGCAUUAGAAUUACAUGAAUGGGAAUUCGUGCGUGACUGUUUUCUAAAAUUAAUUCCAGCUACUGACAUUACAUAUCAAGGAGUAUAUCAAAAACAAUUCAAAGAUUUAACAAACUAUCAUAUGGCUAAUCCAUCAUUACCAUUUACAAUAUCCGAUCGGCUGUUGAUCAUGCAAAUGGCUUUAAAGUGCUCAGAUAUUAGUAAUCCCUGUCGAAUUUGGCCGAUAUGUAAAGAAUGGGCAAUACGUGUUUGUUGUGAAUUAUUUUGUCAAGGUGAUAGAGAACGUUUUCAAUGGUCAUUACAACCUAUACCAACAAUGGAUCGCACAAAAUUUACUUUAGCGAGAAUACAAAUUGGAUUUAUUAGAGAUAUGGUGAAACCAUUAUUAACUGGAUGGCAUGAAUUUCUCCAAAAUAAUCUUACAUUGAAAAUUUUACAAAAUUUAGAUGAAAAUUUAAAAAAUUGGUUAACUGAUUUAUCUUUAUCGUCGUCAGCAUCAUCAUCAUCAGGCAUGACAAAUUAUGUUAAUCGUCAUAAUUCAUUAGAUAGUCAACUGUUAUCAACAUUACCACUUAGUAAUAAUAAUAAUCAAUCUAUUUCAUCAAAUCAAAUUAAACAAAAAACGAUUAAAUCACAGAUAUCGGAUCAAAAAAGUAAAAUUGACAUACAAAAACCUUUUAUAGGAUCCAUUCAUUUAACUCAUUCACCAAUUCAAGAAAUUGAAACAAUGAAUGCACCUGAAUCAUUUGAUUCUACUACUACUACUAAUAAUAAUAAUUUACAUUCAGGUAAAUUAUAUCAAACAAUAUUUAUUACAACACGUGUUAUACGUCGACAUUCAUUACCGGAAACUCAAUUAGCUAUUAGAAAAACAUUUAAUUUUUCAUUAUCAAAUAAAUCAAGUACUGUUGUUCUAUUAAAAAAUGAUACACAAAAUAUAUUAUCAUUACAUUCAAGAAAUAAUAAUAAUUUACCAGUCGGUAAGAUUAAAUCUCAAUCAUCUACCUUCAAAUCACCAUCAUCACUAUCGCCAUCGUCUACAUGUACAGUAUCUGCAAAUCUAUUACAAAUGUUAUAUGAAGAAUUAAAACAUAAUAAUACUAAUAAUAAUAAAUCAAAUUAUGUAUUAUCUAAAAUUGAUAUAAAAUCAAUUCCAAAUACAAGUCGUUAUAAAGAUAAUAAAUUAUUGGAACAAAAAGUAUUAGAUUUAAAUUGUGAUCGUACAUUAUUACGAUUUUCUGCACUUGCUCAUCGUCGUAGUAGUGCACCAAUUACAGAACAUUAAAAUGUAUACAUAAACAUAUAGUUUAAAUGGGAAAUUGAUAUUCUUUCUUCUUUUUUUAAAUGUAUCAUUUAUUAUUUACUAUAUAUUCACAAUGGAUUUAGAUUGAAUGACUCAAUCUUCACUCAGUAUCAUUUAUUGUCAAUAAUAUGAAUAAGAACGAUACUACUACUAAUACUAAUACUAAUACUACUGAUUUUGUUAGCGCUGUUAGCAUUCGGUCAAUCAUGUACUUCAUCUGUACAUAAACUAAAAAGAAAUAUUUAUAUAAUCUUAAGACAUUGUCAACGUGAAAGUGAAGUUAUGACUUUAUAGUUAUAGCAAUCAGUUUAACAACUAAAUGAAUUGUUGAUUUUAAUUCCAAUUCACCUAUUACGAAUCAAUAAGUCAGGAUGGUACUAUUGAAGAUCUACAAAUACUCACACAAACAUAUAAACAAAAGUGAGUUUGGAUCAUAUAUGAAUUUCAUAAAUCUUUUGUACUGGUUAAGAUGAUGUUCUACAUUAACCGUAGUCAGUAGCUUAAGUAGGAAGGAAUGAGAAAAACACAUUUUAAUGUAUUUAUCUCCAUGUCAGUUUAUAUGAGUGUACAUGCUAACUCAAUAAAUGUUUUGUUUUCUUAAAAAAAAACAUUAUUAAUUACAAUUAUUCAAACCUUUUUUUUGAAAUUUUGUGUAUCUGUGCUUGUAUGCAUGUGUUAGUGUUGAUUGUCUGUAACGAAACCCCCCACCCC